CUGUCGGCAAACAUCUGCCUCCCGAGCUUUCUUGUCCUACAACAUUGUACACGAAAAACAUCAUUUUUCUUUUAAUUUUUAUUUUUUUGGCCGCUAUAAUCUAUUAUUAUAAUUAUUAUUGUCGUAUAUUCCUAUCACUAUUUUGUAAUCUGCGACCAUAGUAACAAAAAGUCGUCACCAUUAAAACCGCUGUCUGAGCCACUUCGUGGCAUUUUAAUUUCACCAAAAAAUAAAAAUAAAAAACGGACUUCCAGUUCCUGAGCUCCAGAAUUUUCUUUUUUCUUGUUCGAUUCCUAUAAUACUUUUGUUUCUUCUAAGUUCAUGAGUAGGAAGUGCUAGGGUUUCUUGGAGAUUUUGACGAUGGAAGGACGAUUACUAGGCACCGAUAUUCAUGGAUUUCAUACAUUGCAAGAUUUGGAUGUUCAAGCCAUCAUGGAGGAAGCAAGGUCAAGAUGGCUUCGUCCAAAUGAAAUUCACGCAAUACUCUGUAACUACAAGCGUUUCACCAUCAAUGUCAAACCAGUGAACCUACCAAAAAGUGGUACUAUCAUACUGUUUGAUCGUAAGAUGCUUCGAAACUUCAGAAAAGAUGGUCAUAACUGGAAGAAGAAAAAGGAUGGGAAGACUGUUAAAGAAGCUCAUGAACACUUAAAAGUUGGCGAUGAAGAAAGGAUCCAUGUAUACUAUGCACAUGGCCAGGACAACCCAACCUUUGUUCGAAGGUGUUACUGGCUGCUUGAUAAGAGUCUGGAGCACAUAGUUCUUGUUCAUUAUCGUGAAACACAGGAGUUGCAGGGAUCUCCAGUCACGCCUGUGAAUUCAAAUUCCAGUUCUGCCUCUGAUCCAUCUGCCCCUUGGCCUUUGUCAGAAGAACUUGAUUCUGGGACUAACCAUGCAUAUUAUGCUGGUGAAAACGAAAUCUUAGUUUCCAGUGACAAUUUAACUGUCAGAAAUCACGAACAAAGGCUCCAUGAUAUUAAUACCCUUGAGUGGGAUGAACUUCUGGCUAUACAUGAUCCUAAUAACUCAGUUGCAUCUAGAGACAAAGUUUCAUUCUUCAACCAGCAAAAUCAAGUUGCAGGAAAUGGCUUAUUACAUGGUGGAGCUACCAGUUUAUCACCUGAAAUUUUGUCUUUCAAUAUUUUAACCAAUCCAACUGCUACAAGUGGUGACAUUGGUUAUAAUCUCCCACAAAGUGCUUAUGUUCCAACAGUUGGGGCUCAACUGAAUUCAAAUGUCCAGAGAAGAGAUUCUAUUGGAGCGGGCGCUGGUGGUUCCUUGGAUGUUUUGGUAAAUGAUGGAUUGCAUAGUCAGGACAGCUUUGGGAGGUGGAUAAAUGACUUCAUUACAGAUUCUUCAGAUUCAGUAGAUGGUUCGGUGCUUGAAACCUCAAUUCCAUCUGCUCAAGAUUCAUUUUCUUCUCUAGCUAUGCAUCUUCAAUCUCCUGUAUCGGAGCAAAUAUUUAACAUAACUGAUGUCUCACCUGCAUGGGCUUAUUCAAAUGAAAAGACAAAGAUCCUACUCACUGGCUUCUUUCGUGAAGAGUAUCAACAUCUUUCAAAGUCCGAUUUAUUAUGUGUCUGUGGUGAUAUAAGUGUUACUGCUGAAAUUGUUCAGGUGGGGGUGUAUCGCUGUCUGGUAUCACCACAUUCCCCUGGAUUAGUAAACCUUUAUAUAAGUCUUGAAGGCUUUAAACCCAUCAGCCAAGUAUUAAAUUUUGAAUAUCGCACUCCUGCAUUAAGUGACCAAAUUGUAUCUUCAGAAGAGAGGGACAGAUGGGAAGAGUUCCAAAUGCAGAUGCGACUUGCUUAUCUGCUCUUCUCUACAUCUAAGAGCCUUGAAAUUCUAACUAGUAAAGCAUCACCUAAUGCCCUGAAAGAGGCAAAGAAGUAUGCCCAGAAAACCUCUCAUGUUUCCAAUAGCUGGGCAAUUUUUAUCAAGUCAAUCGAAGAUAGUAAAAUUCCAUUUUCACAAGCAAAAGACAGUCUAUUUAAACUCAUAUUGAGGAACCGGCUGAAGGACUGGCUGUUGGAAAGAGUUGUUUAUGGCUCUAAGAUCUCUGAGUUUGACGCUCAAGGCCAAGGAGUAAUCCAUCUAUGUGCUAUUCUAGGAUAUACUUGGGCCAUCUCUUUGUUUUCAGCAUCUGGUUUGUCAUUGGAUUUUCGUGAUAAACAUGGAUGGACAGCUCUCCACUGGGCAGCUUAUUUUGGAAGGGAAAAAAUGGUUGCAGUGCUUCUAUCUGCUGGGGCAAAGCCAAACUUGGUGACAGACCCCACUUCAGAUAACCCAGGUGGACGUACUGCUGCUGAUCUUGCAUCUUUGAAUGGUUAUGAUGGCUUAGCAGGUUAUCUUUCAGAAAAGGCUUUAGUGGAACAAUUCAAGGAUAUGAGCAUUGCUGGAAAUGUCAGUGGUACCCUUGACACUAGCACAAAUGAUUUUGUAAACCCUGAGAAUCUCUGUGAGGAAGAGCUGAAUCUGAAGGAAACAUUGGCGGCUUAUCGGACAGCUGCUGAUGCCGCAGCACGUAUACAGGUAGCAUUCAGGGAGCACUCACUCAAAAUAAGAACCCAAGCAGUUGAGAAUUCCAAUCCGGAGAUUGAAGCACGAAAUAUAGUUGCAGCAAUGAAGAUUCAGCAUGCCUUUCGUAACUAUGAGAGUCGGAAAAAAAUGGCAGCUGCUGCCCGAAUACAACAUCGGUUCCGCACUUGGAAGAUUCGUAAAGAAUUUCUCAAUUUGCGUCGUCAAGCUAUUAAAAUUCAAGCUGCUUUCCGUGGCUAUCAAGUGCGCAGGCAGUACCGUAAAAUUCUCUGGUCUGUUGGAGUACUAGAGAAAGCAAUUCUUAGGUGGCGGUUAAAGAGAAGGGGUUUCCGUGGGCUUCAAGUUGACCCAAUUGAAGCCGUUGAUGAUCAGUUUCAAGGAAGUGAUACAGAGGAGGAUUUUUAUAAAGCCAGCAAAAAACAAGCUGAAGAGCGUGUUGAGAGAGCAGUGGUAAGUGUACAAGCAAUGUUCCGCUCAAAGAAAGCCCAAGAAGAAUAUCGGAGGAUGAAGAUGGCUCACAAUCAAGCUAUGCUGGAAUAUGAAGGCUUUCUUGAUCCUGAAAAUGACUUGGUUGGUUGAAAAUUCAAGAAUCUGCCUGGUUUACGUUCUGAAUGGUGAAUGAUGACAUCCAAGGUGGUCUGUGCUGGUAUGGCCUAUGUACAUCUUUGUACUAUAAACCAUCAGAGUAGUUUAGAUUAGAUUUUUUUCCCUUUCGACCCUUUCAAACCGUUUUAAGUUUUUGAAGGGUUCGUGUCCUUGUCCAUAUUUGAUGAUGUCCUUUUGUGUUUUUUUAUGUUCUUGCUGAUGGUUUGUGUUGAAACGUUUACGUAUAACUUGGAUGCUUUAGCUUUGAUGGGAACUAGAUUGAUCCAAUAAUUUUGCAUCAAAUCGUACACGGUUUUUUUCA